UCGAUAAAAGGCAGUCCAAAAACCACCUAAAAAAUUCAUGCCAAAACGGAAAACGAUACCGAUUUAAUACCAACGAAAAUAUUGUUAUUAUUUUGAUUCAACAAUUAAUAAAUAUAAUUUAACUAUUGACCCUUUAUCCGCCGUUGUAUCGGCACUGGACUUGGCCGAGCAAUAAAAGUCGCCCGUCCCCAAAAUAGACAGAAGAUUCUCAACUUCGAAGUGGAACCACCGGCGACCGGUGUGACCGCUAUCAAGUCAAAACAAUGGUUACCAGCCGAAGUCCUCCGCCGAAUCAUGGUCCCUUGCCGGGGUCUAGUUGUGGCACCUCCCGCCUGGCCUUGUGUCUGAUCCACUUCGUCCUGGCCGUGAUCUCCGGCUGCGGACUAAAACGGAGCACCGGCAGCAAGGCGAUUGCCGCCUUUGGGAUCUACUUUGGCCACAGCCUGCUCUGCCUGCUGCGGCAUACGCAUCCCAAUCCGGGUGCAGUGCAGCGACUGUUGUGCGACAAGUCGAGGCGUUACUCCUGCGUCCUGUUCGUCACCCUGGUGGUGGGCGAGCUGCAGACCGUAAAUCCGGCCACCCGAAUGGGUGACUUCUUCGGCGCCGACUGGGAGCGUCUGGCCUUUGGACUGUGGAGCGCUGUACUGGCACUUGCAGUCACCAGUUUGUGGUUCGGCAGCAGUCGCAGUCCGUUGGGUGCCACAUUCAUAAAGCUGGAUGCCGCCCAAUUGGGCUUCUGUGUUUUGUGGAAUGUUCAUUGCCUUUGGCGCAUUGCCAUCGUCGACGAGCACUGGUGGUCACUUGGCCUGGCCCUGCUCGUUCUGCUUAAUCACUUUGUCCUAUGGCGACUGCCGCUGCACUACAACAUCAGCCAGUUGGAGGUGGCCACCGUGGGCAUGUGCUUCAGCACCAUCUUUGCGCUGAAUGCCAUCCAGGAACAACUGGACGCUGUGGUCAGCUGAGAGCAGCUGGUCGGGCAUCUAGGGGCUGGAGCCCCUGGAUGUGUGGAGCACACAUUUAAUUAAUAGAUGCUCGUUGUUGAACAAUACUUUUGCGUAAUAAACCAGACUUCUUAUUUUGAAACGAUUUUACAAAUGCUGUGUACUUGAAGUAGAAGUCUUUCCUC